UCAGCAAGCCGCGCUUGGCUCGCAUUCUGGGGCUCGAUGACGUCCAUCGCCUUCUCAGCUAUCACAACUCACGCCCGGAGUUCGCGGGUCACAAGCCUGUACUCGGUGGACUCGAUGAAUGAAUGGCAUUCUCACUCUCACGAUCGCCUGCUCUUAUCUGCUCGCUGCGAGGGUGUAGCCGUGCACCAUGACGGACAAAACUCUGUCUUUACUAGCAGCGUUGCUAUGUGUCGGGCUACCGGCAAUAUGGUUGAGAAGGUGGAGCGAGCAACGCCAGCGUUUCCUGCCACCGGGGCCGAAAGGCUAUCCCCUCAUCGGCAACCUAUUCGACGUGCCCGAUCACCAUGAAUGGGAGACUUACAGCAAGUGGGGAGAGGAGCAUGGAGACAUCGUCUACGUCAAGGUCCUCGGACAGGCUAAUGUCAUCCUGAACUCGGCGGAAGCCAUGCAUCAUAUUUUGGAAAAGAGCUCUGCUGCAUCCUCUGAUCGACCGAAAAUGACUCUCCUGAACGAUUUGAUAGGAUUCUCGUGGCAUUUCGCCUUCAUGCCAUAUGGCGAGAGAUGGCGGCAACUCCGCCGCAUAUUCCACGAGAACUUUAACCCGACAGCAGUCACAUCGUUCUUCCCGAUCCAGCGAAGACAAAGGAUCGAUCUCCUUCGCCGACUCCACCGCUCGCCUCAUCGUUUUGUUGAGCACUUUCAGCACUACGUUGGUGCUACGAUAAUGGAGGCCGUGUACGGUAUCAAGGUUGCUGCCGAAGGCGAUCCAUACAUUGAGACAGCGAACGUUGUGGCGGAAGCCGUGACCGAGGCCGGCACCACCACCCUGAAUCUCGUCGACAGUUUCCCCAUCAUGAAAUAUAUCCCGGCCUGGUUUCCCGGGGCUCGCUUCAAGGCGAAGGCGAAUGAAUGGCGUCAGUACGGCCUCAUGAUGAUCACCAAACCGUUCGAAAGGGCCAAGAGGGAAACGGUGGAGGGAACUGCCCAACCGUCCUUCACUUCCGAGAACCUCGAAGCCCUGUGGUCUACAUGUAGCCAUGAUGACCCUCGUGUCCUUCGCGAAGAGGAACUGAUAAGGGACGCGGGCGCCGCGGCGUACGAGGCUGGCUCCGGUACUACUGCAGAAGCUAUGCAUACGUUCACGCUCGCGAUGGUCCUAUAUCCAGACGUACAGCGCAAAGCACAGGAGGAAAUUGACGCUGUCGUCGGCCCGCAUCGAUUGCCCGACUUCAACGAUCGCCCACAUCUUCCUUACUUGGACUGUAUCAUCACCGAGAUCCAUCGGUGGUACACUGUCCAGCCGUUGGCCCAACAACACCGCGCCUCCGAAGACAUCCCAUACCGUGGCUACAUCAUCCCGAAAGGAGCGACCAUAACACCCAACGUUUGGAGCGUCCUGCGGGACGAACGCGUAUACGGCUCCGACGUCGGCACAUUCAACCCGGAACGUUGGCUCCGUCCAGGUCUUGAGAAUGCCCCUCGUGGGUUCCCGAGCGGUACCUUUGGAUAUGGUCGGAGGGUGUGUCCCGGGAGGUAUAUGGCCGAUAACUCCCUCUUCAUCGCCACCUCGUCUAUCCUUGCCACCUACAACAUCAAGCGAGCCGUCGACGAGAAGGGGCAGGAAAUCCCUGUUCAUGAGAGGUUCACGGAUGGUUUCAUGAUUCACCCCCAGCCCUUCCGAUGUACCAUAGAGCUCCGGAGCGCACAAGCUGAACGCCUUAUAUACGAUGACUCCGAUAUUGGGUGA